AAUGGUAUCGAUUCCUAUCCCUUUCAAUAACAUCAAAUGCGCUGUCAACGAGCUGACGAAAUAAACAAAGCAAAAAAACGAACAAAACUCGUGCUCCAAUCCAGAACGAGGCAUUGCUUAUUUGCAGAUAUAGCUGCUCGAAAACGAUAAAAUACAAUCCGCGAUGGACGUACUUUCGCGCCCGGCAGAUGAGUUCGUGAACGAUGGCAUGGUGGAGGAGCUGUGGGCAAUGAAAGCCGUCGAGCACGCCGAGGUACACUUCAAUCUACUGUGCAGCGUAGACCCGCGCCAGCUGCACCUCACCCCAUACGACAACGAAAUUUACGAAGAGUUCCGCAAGCAGUUCCCCGACAUGAACGUGGCCGUGGUGGACGAGAACGAACUGAAGAGCGCCGACGGCAAAGCCAAAUGGCGAACGUACAUGGAGAAGUUUAACCGCCUGGAGGACUACAGCUACGGGACGCUGUUGAGGGCCAGUGCUAGCGAGGAAUUCCACCCGGAGAACGCCAUUCUGGUGGUGAGGAUUCAGUUCUGGGCGAUCGAAAUCGCGCGGAAUCGAGAGGGACACAACGACUGCAUCCGGGAGAAGUUCAAGAGCCGCAGUAAAAAGGAGGAAUAAAAGAUGGUUGGUGAGGAGUGUUUCGUAAAAA